GACAAUGCAUUGCUGGAGCAGGUAUUCGACAAGCUGUCGACGCUGCUGCAACCCGAUGAGGUGCUGCCGGACGCAUCGCCAGACUAUCGCCGCAAGUUGGCCUGUGGACUGCUGUACAAGUUUGUGCUGAAGGCCGCUGCUCAGCGUCAACAGACUCUGGGUAGUCGGCAGGUAACUGGAGGGUCCUUGUUGCAGCGACCCGUGUCUAAGGGACAGCAGAGCUUCGAGACCUUCGAGCAACAUUAUCCAGUGACGAAGCCCACCGAAAAGCACGAAGGACUCAUUCAGUGCUCGGGCGAGGCGACCUACGUCAAUGAUCUACCCACGCAGCACAAUCAGCUGUGGGCGGCCUUUGUGACGGCAAAGCGUGUUGGAGCUGUGGUUAGCAAGGUGGACACGUCGGCUGCUUUGGCGUUGCCUGGCGUGGUGGCCUACUUGGAUGCCAAGGACAUUCCUGGACCCAAUUCGCUGCGGCCCAAGACAACAGAUGACUUCUUUUUCCCGCAGGAGGAGCAGCUCUUCGCCACGGGCGAAAUCAAGUUCUAUCACCAGCCCAUCGGCAUGGUGCUGGCAACAUCGAAUGCCCUGGCUCAGCGUGCCGCCGAGCUUGUUGAGCUCAGCUAUGAGGGCGGUGCCAAGGAGGUGCUGCCCAGCAUGAAGCAUGUGCUGGACUCUGCUGCAUCUGGAGAUCGCAUUCUUCACCCUGUCAAAUCAAUGCACGACAAGCUGCACCUGAAUGUUGCCCACGAUAUCAAGGGCAGUGGAAAGUUGGACUUGGGACUGCAGUACCACUACUUCAUGGAGCCACAUUCGACGGUGGUAGUGCCUUUUGAGGGUGGCCUUCAGGUCUACGUGGCCACGCAGUGGAUGGAUCUAUCGCAGGAUGUAAUCGCGAAUGUCCUGCAGCUGAGGUCCAAUGAGGUGCAGGUGAAGACUCGUCGCAUCGGCGGUGGGUACGGGGGCAAGGCGACGCGUUGCAAUAUGGCUGCAACGGCUGCUGCGGUCGCGGCCCAUAAGCUGAAUCGUCCAGUGAGAUUUGUGCAGUCGCUGGAGUCCAUCAUGAAUACCACGGGCAAACGGUGGUCCUUCCACUGCGACUAUGACUUCUAUGUGAAGGCCAAUGGCAAGAUUGUAGGCAUCGAGAGUCGA